AUGGUCAAGUUCAAGCUCCAAACUCUGGUGCUAAGACUACUGCUGCUCCAGGUGCUGCUGGUGCUACUGGUGCUACUGGUGCUACUGGUGCUCCUGGUGCUACUGGUUCUCCUGGUGCUACUGGUGCUCCAGCUGCUCCAGCUGCUGUCUCUCAAAUCACUGAUGGUCAAGUCCAAGCCCCAGCUAACGGUGCUAAAACUACUGCUGCUCCACGGUGCUGGUUCCCCAGGUGCUCCAGGUGCUCCAGGUGCCCCACGGUGCCCCAGGUGCCGCUGGUACUCAAAGCCAGGUGCCGCUGGUGCUCCCGGUGCUCCAGGUGCUGUUGGUGCUGUCUCCCAAAUUACUGAUGGUCAAGUUCAAGCUCCAGCUAAUGGUGCCAAGACUACUGCUGCUCCAGGUGCUGGUUCCCCAGGUACUCCAGGUGCCCCAGGUGCCCCAGGUGCCGCUGGUACAAAGGCAGGUGCUGCAGGUAACACUAUUGUUGCUGUCUCUCAAAUUACUGAUGGUCAAAUUCAAGCACCAGCUAAUGGUUCUCCAAAGGUUACAACAAUUGCUGGUAAUACUGCAGGUAGUGGAAGCAAUGGUGGUAGCAAUGGUGGUAGCAAUGGUGGUAGCAACGGCGGUAGCAACGGCGCCAACGGUGGUGCUAAACCAAACGGUGCCGUAUCUCAAAUUACUGAUGGGCAAGUUCAAGCUGGUGUUACUACCAUCUAUCCAAAUGCACCAGCAGCUGCAACUACCACUGUUGGAUUGACAACUUCCGUUAAAACUUCUUUUAUCCCAGUACCAACUUCUCAAGGGCAAAAGAACGCACCUGAAUCCAACAUUAUUUCAACUACAAUGACUGUUGAUGGUAAGCCAACUACCACUUCUGUCCUGGUUGUAAAAUCUACUCAAACCAUGGCCGUUCCUUCUUCACAACCAUCUUCAUCCCCAUCAUCAUCCCCAUCAUCAUCCCCAUCAUCCCCUGCAUCUACAGGUUCAAAUGAUCCAGUCAAGGGUACUUCUUGUAAAAACUCUGGUACUUUAAGCAUGACUCUACAAAAUGGUAUCUUAAGAGAUGAAAAAGGUAGAAUUGGUUCUAUUGUUGCUAAUCAGCAAUUCCAAUUCGAUGGUCCACCACCACAAGCUGGUGCCAUCUACGCCGCUGGUUGGUCUAUUACUCCACAAGGUAACUUGGCUAUUGGUGACAAUGAUAUCUUUUACCAAUGUUUAUCUGGUAACUUCUACAACAUUUAUGACAAAUCAUUAGGUGCUCAAUGUAAACCAGUAUAUUUGGAAACCGUUAAUUUGGUUAACUAG